AUGCCUACCGUUCCGUCCGGAAUAGGAUGUGUUACCAGCGCCAAUGUCACUACCUAUACCAAGUAUACCUGGGCUCUGAUCGCGCCUCGUGACGAUCUCUUUGACAUCCUUUUCAUGGAAGGUGAGGUCAGCGUUACAUUCAAGGAUUGCGAGCCCUUGGAGUAUGACGACCAAGAUGAUGUCGCGGGGUCAGUCCAUGCGCGAUUCGCUUCUGUUGACGAUGACCAAGAUUUCACCGAUUCCAUGAUCCGCUGGGCCUAUGUCGAGCUCGCCGAAGGCACUUUCCGAUCUAUGCAGUACAUUACGGGAUGGAAGGAUUACCCCAGUUAUGUCAGCAAGGCGCUCAUGGAUUUUUGUCGCAUUGCCUCCGCGUCGUCCUACCUCAAGGCCUCAGUCUAUGACAAGCGUCCGUCCUUCGUGCGGCAGUACCAAGUCCCCAAAUAUACUACUUCUCCGACGUCGAGCCUCUCCUUUGACUCAUUGAUGGAUUCGAUCGGCAAGUUUGCCGAUACCUGGGAAAAGCUUGCCAAGGCGAUCGGAUCCAGCUCCGUCACGACUAUCCAACGCCGCGUUUGUCUUGGCUUUGAUGCCCUCGAUUACAAGGCGUCGACAGGUGUGAUGCAAGGUGUCGCGUCCAAGGACAUGGGUCCCCUUGUCGAAGACGUUGUCGAUUUCGAAGACCUCCCCCGCCGAGAAGACAUCCGGCAGCUCAUGUCCGGCGUCAAGUACUCAACCAAUUUCACCUGGAUGAUCGAAUCGAUGACAUAUACCAACCCCGACGGCGAGCAGCCUUACUUCUUCUUUGCAAAGUACGGAGAUGCGUUGACGGACACGGUGGAUGUGGUCUACAGUUCGAUCAAGAGUAAGUUUGUCGUCGCCAAGGACAUGUUGAUUGUCCAUCGCCAGGAGACUUCGUUCUUUGGGUUGGACAGGAGUGACGAGAUGUCGAUUGAGUACGUGCCGCAUACAUUGACACUGAAUGAUACGUUGAUUCUGGACAUGUUCUGGGAGAUGAUUGCGUUCCACCAGUUGGCGAUUAGUCUCGGAGGCCAGCCGCCCAAGUACCCGGAUCUGAGCGGUCUUUGCGAUCGGUCCAUUCCUUGA